CUAGCGUGGAGGGUGUCGAACAAAGAAGAUGUAUGAGAAUAUAUUAGGUUUAAAUCACUUAAAAAGGAUAUUAGAUGAGAUAUACGAGGAUAUGAUACGGUAGCAUCCACGGCACUUGGAAGAAGAAGAAGAAUGCCUUGUGCUCGAGAGAGAAUCAUCCAUCCACGAUUCCUCUCCGCAUCUGGAAGAAGAAGAAUGCCUUCCGGUUGGAGACAAACCGACCAAAGCAACGCAUUGUCUCACCGUGCACCCAAAGCAUCCGUGCACGUACGGCCCCUUCCCUUCCCCUCCAGACUUCCCCCGUCACUCCUCUCUCUUGUAUGCCUAUAUAUACGCCAUCUCCGCCAGCUGCCCUCCUCACCUCCUCUCCCAUCAUUCCAUUAAUUACCAUUGCCCUCGUAAUCAUGGCGUCUGCACAACGCGCCGCCGCUGGCAGAAACCAGCUGCUGCGGGUGCCGCCGCCGAUCCAGCGGUUCAAGUACUCGAAGCGGGUGGUGCUGAAAUCGAUACUGGACCGCGAGGACAAAGGGCUGGCAGUAGCGGGGCAGCGAGUCGUGGUCGGAGGAUGGGUCAAGUCUCGCAAGGAGAGAGCCGAAGUCGACGAUGCACCCAUCCCAACGCCGCCGGCCGAAGCAGACGACGUCCUUUUCGGCGAAGUCCACGUGCAAUACGUCCCCUUACUGAGGCCGAUAUCGGGCACUCCGGUCGGCGGCGGCGGCGGCGCCCAGACCCUUGCAGCGAAGGACAAGCACAUCGUCGUAUACUUGCUAAUCAACGACGGGUCCUGCAGUAGUAAUCUUCAGCUUGUGAUGGACUCUUCCACGUCCAUUCCCGGCCAAGUUGUCACCGUCGGGAACUCCAUCUUGGUCGAAGGCGUGCUGCGGAGGAGUUGGAGAGGAAGAAGGCGUGUAGUCGAGCUCAUAGUGGAGAAGCUGCUGUACGUUGGGGCCGUCGAUCUAAAGACUUAUCCACUAGCGAAGCCGCAACCCUCAUCGCUGUUCCUCAGAGACCAUCCCCACCUUCGUCCUCGUUUCAUUACGAUUGGAACUGUGGCUCGCAUUCGGAGUAACCUAACUUGUGCCUGUCAUGCGUUCUUCGACGACCUCGGGAUCAUACACGUCCACAUGCCCAUCAUCACAUCUAUUGCCACGGGAACCCAAAGCCAGAGGUUCCAGGUUACGACCCUCCUCAACGCAGCAGAUCAAGGACAUGUCGACCUCGAAGUGUUCAAGGCAGCAGUCCAGGAGAAGAGGAGCAGAAUAGAUAAGCUACGUAGAGGUGGCAACAACAAGGAAGCUCUGGUCGCGGCAGAAGAAGACCUGGAGAAGUCCAAGGAGCUGGUUCGAGUACUGGAACAGAGGCAGAAGACAGCCACGGUGUACGUCGGAGAAGUGAAGCUCUCCGAGGAUUUCUUUGGGCGUGCGGUGUACCUCUCGACCUCAGCUGGGCUUCACCUUGAAAGCUACGCGUGUGCACUCUCUGGAGUCUACACCAUUGGACCUGUGUUUCAAGCAGAUGAGUCCCGGUCCACGAAGAAGCUGGCGGAGAUGUGGAUGGUGGAAGUCGAACUGGCUUUCGUAGAACUUGAGGACGUCAUGAACUGCGCAGAGGACCUGCUGCAUUCCCUCUGCUAUUCCCUGUUGGCGACGGCAGGCAACGAUCUCAAGUUUGCAUCAAAACAAAUAGAUAGCGACUGCAUCAAGCGACUGCAGUCGAUAACCUCAAGACCUUUUGAUCGAAUCACCUAUUCCAAGGCACUUGACAUCCUGAAUCAGGUAAAGGACAGAUCUUUCCUGACAGAAGCUGUCUGGGGAACCAAACUCUCGGAAGAACACGAGAGGUAUCUGGCGGAUGACUUCUUCGAGAAUCCAGUGAUCGUGUAUGAGUUCCCCAAAGAGAUCAAACCAUUCUACGUGCGAGGGAAUGCUAAUCUCAUAACAGUUUCUGCUUUCGAAAUCAUCGCACCCAAAGUCGGAGUUCUGGUUAGAGGAAGCCAAAAGGAGGAAAGAUUGGACGUGAUCAGCAAGAGGAUCGGGGAAGUUGGUCUCCCGCAUGAACAGUACGACUGGUACAUGGAUCUCUGCAGGUAUGGCUCCGUUCAGCGUUCAGGUUUCAGCCUCGAUCUCGAGAAGAUGGUCGUGAUGGCCACUGGAAUUACCGAUGCCGAGGAUGCAAUUCCGUUCCCCAGAGCUCGUGGCAAUGCAAAACUGUAAAGACUGACGGAAAGCUGAUCUGCUUGGUGGAAGAAGAUAUCUGUAUUGCUCAUUUCUGGUUUGAAGCUAUCUAUCAAGCCAUGAUCUCAAACACUCCGGUCUUCUACUAGAUAAGCCUAAAAUGUGUGUGCAUAACUACAGUUGUUAUAUGAUAAUGAUGAGACUGUUCUCAUCCAUUGUUUAUUUC